AUGCGCCGCAGCUCGCUAAGAGACUCCAUCGAAAAGUUCCAGGCCCUCGCAACCAGCAACGAGACAAAACUAAAGAAAAAUCCAUUCUCUGGCAGCUACGUAGAGCAGAAAUUCGACAAAAAUUCAGCUGACUACGCAAGACCACCAUCAGGGAGUUUGACUGAAGCCCGCGGCAUCAAAGCAUCAAUGCAUGUUUGCCGUGAAGUUCUGUUCCUGAUUGAGACCAUCAAUGAAAAUGCCAUCGGAGAAGUGCCAAACAGAGUCAUCGAAUUUGGGAAGCUAUUCACAUUGUAUUCGUAUUACUCAGAGACGCUAAUGGGAAUGCUCAUCCGAGCCCGCAAGUAUGGAUUGAUCACCUUCGAAGGAGAAAUGUUGUACCAAAGACAAGAUGAUAAGAAGCCAAUUGCCAUGCUACUCUCCCUGCAAGAAGUACAAGCUCGUCUCCGACCGUCGGGAGACCCGAAGAAUUGCAUCAAAUUUAUU